AUGCAAAUGGAAUGGGAAAAACUAGAUGGAAGAUCCAGAAUCUGGGUGGAGCAACUAAGAGGUAUUUCCCUUGAAGCUCAAUUUGUCCUUAACAAAUAUGAUGCCAAAUUGAAUCAUAAGCCAAUUCUCAUCUACAUUUGUAAGUACUGGACUCGACAUGUUGUUAGUAAGAAGAUAGAUGGUAUCCGAAACAAAAUUGAAGAUGCUUCUAGGAGAAGAAAAGCAUAUGGUUUAGUGCAAAUUCAAAGCCGAGUCGUAUCUAAGAUUCAAAUAUUACGUGCACGGAUGCAACCGUAUCUCGCUGCCAAGAAAUCCAGUGUGGUUGGAUUUGAUGAUGACACACAAGUUCUGAUGACAGAGUUAUUGUCGGACGAGAAAUGCCGCUGCAUUACUUGGAUUGUUGGAGUCGGAGGCACAGGUAAGACAACACUAGCCAAUUUGAUAUUUGAAGACAACACUGUUGUAGCUCAUUUUCAGCAUCGCGUAUGGGUGUCACUGCCUUCAAAUUGUACGACAGACCAGUUUGUUGCAGAAAUUGGCAAGGAGACCGCCAAGAAAAUUACAGUAGAAGAAGAAAACAUGCCCACUGAUUACGUACUCAUAACCUUGGCACACUCAAAGUACCUUAUAGUUGUUGAUGGCCUUAAAGAAACAUCCAAAGUAUACUUGGAUACCUUGAACAGGGUCAUACCUGAUAUGUUAACAGGAAGCAGAGUUCUUUUUACUACUCGCAAUGCAACAGUAGCCCAACAUGUAGCAGGUAGAAUCAUUCUUCACCCAUUACAGUUAUUAGAUGAUGAAACUAGUUGGCUGUUGUUCACAAGACAUUUGAAGGUCCCCAAGUCAGAAACAGAACUUAUCAAGGUCGGAAAAGAAAUUGUGAUGAAAUGUGGGGGACUGCCAUCACAAAUACUGAAAACAAAUCUUUUAUCUGGAGAGCAAUUUCCUCAUCUCAGAAUGAGGAUACAAAGGAAAUUCAUUGACAGAGAUAUACAGAGCGUAUCUAAAUGGUUGGAGAAAAGGCUUUUAGGAAGCAUAAUGAAAUCAGAGGGUGGGGUGAACAUUGCAAAGGGGAGCUCCAUUUCUCUCCGAGAUUCAACCAUGAAUUUUAUUUUAUGCCUAGUAUCGCCGCCAUCUGAAAAAACAGUCGAUAGCGUUGCAACAUCAUAUUUUCAAUUCUGCACUGCUAUUACUUGA